AUGCUAAGUAAUGGGAAGAAAAUUUUUAUGGCUCUGACAAUUUAUGAUUUUCUAUUGGGCAUUCUGGUAAAUGGAUUCAUAGUUCUGGUGAACUGCAUUGACUGUGUCAAGAACAAGAAAGUGCCACCAAGUGAUCUCAUCAUGGUCAGCUUAGCCAUCUCCAGAAUUGGACUCUCGUGUGCAAUAACAUGGAGAAAUUAUUUAAUUUUUACUUCUCUUGAUGUACCCAGUCAAGUAAGAAUAAAUGACUUCUUCUUGAUACUGACUCACAGUUCAAAUACUUGGUUUGUCACUAUCCUCAGCAUCUUCUACUUCUUGAAGAUCACCAACUUCUCUAAUCCCUUCUUCCUCUGGAUGAAAAGGAGAAUUGACAGGAUGGUCAUCAUGCUUCUUGUGGGGACCUUGAUUUUCUCUUUUUCUGUUGGCUUUGCAAUGGUGGAGAGAAUGUAUUAUUACUAUGGCAGAAUCUUUAAUAGAGGAAAGGAGAACAAUGUGUCCCAGGAGGUCCAAGUGAGUAAAAGUAUGUUCCUCAUGUUCCAGGUUCUACUUGACCUCAUGAGUCUUCUUCCUUUUAUUCUGUCUAUAAUCUCCUUCUCCUUAUUCAUUCUCUCCUUGUGGAGGCAUACUCGACAGAUGCAACUCAAUGCCACAGGUUCCAGAGACCCUAGCACAGAAGCCCAUGUUCGAGCCAUGAAAGCUGUGUCUUCCUUCCUCAUCCUCUUUUUAUUGUACUAUCUGGGUUUAUAUGUCUACUACUUCACAGAGGAAAAGAGUAAGCUGGCUUCCAUGUUCAUUAUGUCAAUCAUGUCACUCUAUCCCUUUGGCCACUCAGUGAUCCUGAUUCUGUGGAACAGCAAGCUGAGAAAGGCUGCCCUGAGGGUGUCAUGGCUGAUGAGGGGCUGCCAGAGAGGAAAUCAUCUUCAAGUCCUUUGA